GUGCGAAUACCUCGGAAGUGAAAUUCAACGUUUUGGUGAAGCGACUCGAUUGACGUAUCGAGAGUGAAGUGACAUCCGCCAUGUUUUUUAGUGACAAAGUUUCGGGAGCGAUCGGCACGCGUGUUUGAGACGAAAAUCAAGAAAUCGCGCUUUCGAGCCUCAUUUUAUUUCGAUCGAACUCCAAGUGACGUGUGUGAAAAUAUGAACGUCGAUUUUAUCGAGCUGGUAAAACGGUUAUAAUUUAGUCCAUGUUCGCUGGAGCGUGCGUCAGGUGAAACUCGACGAUGAAAUCUGAGGGACCGAGAGCCUGAAAUGUUGGCGGGAAAACGCCUCCUCCGUUGCACCCGCAAAGAGGAUAAACAUUGCAAGUGUAAUAUUUGUCGCGAGUUGAAAGAUUGUCGAAUCGUUGAGAGGGCGGGGGAAAGAGACUGCAUGGAUAGGACGAAUUUCAUACUUCGUAGGGCUAUGCCCUUUGUGAAGCGGACGCCUACGAAGGAGUGGCAGGAAGCGACGAGGCUCGACGACUACGAAAAUUCGUCGACUCUCGAGGACGACUCGCCUCGACCGAGACAGCAGGGGGAUUUCGGGGGCGAAAAGAUUUCUUCGGGUCGCGGUGAGGUCGAAACAAAUCGCGAAGAUAUAACGGGGCAAAAUUUACGAAAAUCAUCGAGCAAUAUUGGCGAAAAAAAAUCUGGAAACGAAAUAAAAUCUCAGGAUAAUUGGACGGAGACUAAAAUCGAAAGAGACGCGAAUAACAAAGUCGUUAUUUAUUUCGGUGAGCAUUACAGCUCGAAUCGGGGCCCGGAAUGUCGAGAGGCGACGGCUGAAGAUCGCCAAUUUAUGGGAUCGCACGAUAAAAAAAGUUUCUGCGGUAUUUCUAGUUCUUGUACGAGUCAAAGGUCGCUCGAUCAGGUGGAAGAGAGUCGUGAUAAACGGGAGAACAAUGUCGUAAACAAUAAGACGAGCGGCGUCGUACUUCGAGGACCGUUAUCAUCGUGCAACGACGAGGGGUCGCCUGACGAGACCGUCGAUUCAUCGAGUUGGUCGUUGAACCGUAUCUCCGACGAUACUAAUCACUUCCGCGACGACGAUCACUCGAUUAUGUCGAAAGAUGAUCCGUCGAUGCUUCGCGAUGAUCGCACAGAUUUUCAAGACCCCAACAAUCGUUCGUUAUCGCGCAACGAAUUCGCCCUCGACGCUAAUCAAUCGCCGACAUUUCAUCGCGAUUCCCAGCGAGAAAUCAUCAUCAAGGUCACUCCGAGCCGCGAAGACGUUCUGAGGAUCGAAGAGGACGAUACUCACAUCGCCGAUUAUUGGUCAUUGCCAGGUGACACAACAGGUUUUCGCGCCGAUUGGAGCUUCGUCCAACAAUGGAGACUCAGAGGACCGAGCGGAAACGUCGGACGAGAGCAGCAAUACUGUUCGUCUUACAGCAAAGAGUCGCCGGAAACGGGCGUGAAGACAGGAGUUCACAACAUGGUUCACAUGGUGGCGGAAAGGGACACGGACAGCGUCGCACCAACACCGACGCCCCAUCAUCCGCAUCAUUCACAGCAUCAUCAUUUGAGUCUUCACGAGCUGCGAGUUCUUCAGAGGAGGCCUAUAAUCGAGUGUACCGGUAAUAGCUCGUCGGACGAGAAUCGUUCGUCCGGACACGCGAGCAUGUCCGAUACCGGUGGACAUACGAGCGGAAGUUCACCGCCGCAUCGUCAUCACAGAGCUCACAGUCCUCAGCAGUUGAACGCCGUUCCUGAAGACGAUAGACUCUCCGCCUCCGUUACACAGAGAAAUGGGAGAAAUAGAAAUGGCCAGAAUCGCAACAGGCACAGGGCUACGCCUGCUAAGUUGCAGGUACCCUGGUCGGGCUCAGGAUUAGAGGACAUAAAAUUGGCCAUUCAACAAUUGACGAUGCGUUCACACACCUCAACCUCGACGUAUUCGUCGUUAAGCGGUUCCGAGAGCUCCGAGCCUGCGGUUAGACGUUUAAUGAGACACUCGAGCCUCGAAACAAUAAAUACUAAUGUUACAAGCGCUGAUGAAUUCGUAUGGGUUGAUUCGCACAAUCGACUCGUCGAGCUUCAACAAUUACCUUGGACCCAUCACGACGUAUUAAGAGUAUUACAAAACGGCAGAACGAGGGAGCACAUGGAUCAAGUUUCUAUGGAAACCAUACCUAGGCUAUCGUAUCUUUUGCAACGCGCACUUGUUCGCAUCGGCAGAGAGACCCAAAGAUUGUCGAAACCUUUAGGGCUUUGCAGCAAACACGAAGUUUACAGCGCUUUCAAAAUUGUACUUUGUCCUGCCCUCGCAGAUUCGUGCACCAAGGCUUGUCUCCGAGCUGCUGCAAUGUUCGCGGUCUCGGGUGAUCAGUUGCGGCAGUCAAAAGCUUCACGAUCGGGACUUCAAUUGCCGGUCGGUAGAUUUUUACGUUGGAUGUCGGACGUUAAACUCGGGCGUAUGAUACACGAGUAUGCUGCGGUGUAUCUCGCUGCUGGUAUAGAGAAUCUGUUGGAGGAGAUUUUGCUUCAGUGCGUGCCGACCGAACAGCACACGACACUAACCGCAACUAUGCUCGAACACGCAAUUGCGAAUAGCGGCGAUUUGUGGGGUCUUUUACAGCCUUACGCGCAUUUGAAUGCCGGCCGAAUAGCUUCAGGUGCAUUGGCGAUGCCAAGGUGGGCGAGUGUGAGUUCCCUGAGUUCCACAUCGUCGUCUCGUAGCGGUCGUGAACCACCGGGCUCUACUCUCGAACCGUCUCUUCUUACAACCUGCGUAGGUUCGAUGCCCGAGCUUCUCGAUCUCAUCUCCAAGGUUGCCCAGUCUGGCCGAUGUCCCGUACCACUGACAACAAAGUCCUUGAACGCUCUAUUUUAUUACAUGAGAUGUUCUCAGUUGGAACACGGUGAAAGAGGCUCUGGAAUUCAAGAACUCGCUUAUGAGCGUGCCUAUGUCGUUUUGCCACCGUUAGUAGAAUGGCUCAGAGUUGCCACAGCCCACGCUGAACACCGACAUGCUCUCAGCGUCGAUCACGAUGAUAUCAGUCAAGCAGCGAGGCUUUUAUUACCAGGUGUCGAUUGUCCCGUCAGACCUGUCGCUUUCGAAGAUGUCACCAUUUGUUCGAGGCGCACGGAUGACGGUGAAUAUGUGCGGCGCCUCACUCUAGACAUGGCAUUUAAGAUGUUGACCAGCGGAAGGCCGGAUCUAAUAUCACAAGCUGUUUCGUUGCUUCCUGCUCCGACGAAAAUAAAUACUGUAAAUGACAGUGGUUUCACGGCGUUAAUGUUGUCAUGUAUGAACGGCAAUGAAAUCGCGGUCACGGCUCUCCUCGAUGCUGGAGCGGAUGUUAACGUGGAAAGCCCGGCGCCACCGACCAGUCAAACCUCCGGGACUCCAGUUAAAUCCCCUCCAACCGGUGGAAGCCCUGGAAACAGAAUGUCCAGUAGUCCAUCUAUGCUGAACACUCCCAGUGGCAAAAACUGUUCAAAUCCCAAUCCAACGAACGGCGCCUCAUCCCCUUGUAACACUGCGAAUCAUGCGCAAAGUGGAUUCAACGCUGAGACUCAACACUGGACAGCGCUCACGUACACUGCACUUUUGGGACACUGUAACAUUGCCAGAAUCCUCUUGGAACGCGGAGCUUCCGUCGAAGGCGGUGCCAAACCCAGUGAAGACAAAUGCACCGUUACGCCAUUACAAGCCGCCACGGCCUCUGGAAAUAACGAAAUGGUCGCUCUCUUACUCGCUCAUGGCGCACAACCUUUUCUUUCUACUCUCAUCAAAGAUACCUUCUGCUAUUCCGGUUCUGCUCAACGUGGAUGUUACAGUGCAAUAUCGGUGGCAACUGCCCACGGCCAGAGAGGCUGUCUACAUCAGCUACUUUCUCAUCCUUUGAAUUUCUCUGCGAAACGUGGCGAGAAGGAAGUACUCUCAUUGGAGGAAAUAUUAGCAGAGGGAAAUGCCGGCACGAGUCAACAGCAACAACAUCAACCAUCGGAUGGACGAGGCACUCGCAAGGAAGGCAAAGAACCAGUUUUCAACAAGAGUCAGAGUAAAGCGCUGCAGGAGGCCAUGUAUCACAGUGCAGAGAGCAAUCACUUGGACAUUACUAUGGAAUUGCGGGGUCUUCGUGUUGGCUGGACUUUACACUGUUGGAUGCACAGUUUAUCGAUUGCCCAUGAGAUGCGAAUCGACUCCGUGAUCGACCAAUUGUUGCAAGAUUUUUUACAAGUUUGUCCCGACGAUUACUCGACACAAUUCGUUCAAGAAUGUCUUCCUUUGUUAUUCAACAUUUUUCGAUACAGCAAGAAGGAAGGCACGACGCUCCUCUUGGCCGAUAUAUUUUGUACUUGCUUUGGAUGGGAACCCAUAAAACCCAUAAGGGACACGACCUUGUCAAGUGGUUCGAGAAUCGAUCCAAAAUUUGUCAAUAAUCCGGAACUAAGUGACGUACAAUUCCGGGUCGAAGGCAGAGUUUUUUAUGGUCACAAAAUUGUUCUCGUCACUUCGUCACCCCGAUUUAGGAAUAUGCUCAGCUCAAAAUUGUGCGAGGGAAAUCCUCCGAUUGUACAGAUCAAUGAUAUACGAUAUCAUAUUUUUCAAAUGGUUAUGGAAUUUUUGUACCACGGAGGUUGUGCAACUCUCAAAGUGAACCAGAGCGACGUAUUGGAAUUGAUGGCAGCUGCGAAUUUUUUCCAGCUCGAUGGUCUUUUGCGGUUUUGCGAGGCCCAGUGUUCAGCAAUGGUCGAUCUGGAUAACAUCGUUUCCACAUAUAUUCACGCGAAGGUGUAUAAUGCGGCGCAACUUCUCGAGUAUUGCCAGGGCUUUUUAUUACAAAACAUGGUGGCUCUGAUGACGUACGACGAUUCCGUAAAACGUUUGUUGUUUGCAAAGAAGCUGCCAAAUCACGAUGUCCUAGCAGGGCUUUUAUUGACUUUACAAGCGAGAAUAAAAGCUCGUCGUCCGCAGCCGCAGAGUAAGCUCAAGACUUGAGGCGAACAGUGGGGGAAAAAGAAGAAAAGUAACAAUAAUAAUAAUAGAGAAAAUAUUGUGAUUUUCAUUUGAGUAAGAGAAAGAGACUGUUGAAGUUUUUUCAUACAAUAUUACGAUAUAAAUAUCGUAUUGAAUUAAUAUUGAGCAAGAAUAGUAAGGGGAGAAUGUUGUGUGACGCAGCAUUUUUGUUAUCUGCAUAAAUUUCUUCGUUCAUUAUUAUAAUAGAGCAAGAGUAGUUCGGUGAGCUUAUCGCCAUUACAGUAUAUAUGUACACCCAAACGAACAAUCGUCUUCCGUCCGAAGCUCAAUGUUUUAUAUAUACAUAAAUAUAUAUAUAUAUAUAAAUAAACAUAUCUAUAUACGUAAUAUACGUAAAGUACCGAUAAUACUGUGUUUUACAUUCAGGAAAUUUCGAGAUUUUUUUUUAUUCCGAUACUACGAAAAACACGAAUGCGUGCGCGACCGUAGAAUCUUGCCACUUACGGUCAUAAGUAUGGUGAUAAUCUUGUAUCUUAAUAAUAUGCGUACUCGUAAGCGUACUCGUAAGUAUGAGGAUUACGAGCGUAUUUAUGUACUUUACGCAUGCAACCCAGUCGAAAAUUGAAUGCAGACAAAUUUCGAGACAAACAAUGAAUUAUUACACUCUGUUCGAUGCUUCAUCUUUUCAUUAAAUUUUCGCAUUAGAACCAUAAAAUUGCAUUUUUGUUUAAUGUCUUAAUAAUGAUGACAAUUCUAUAGAAGAUAUUAUUUUUAAAAUAAAAUAAGCGCGUUUAAUUAUUUUUUACACGAUGUUUUGAAGCAUUUUUGCUAGAAGUAUUAUUUAUAAUCGACGUUUUUAAUAUCGCACAGUUGGUGCUGUUUCCAAAUGUUUCUAUCAAAUCGAAUUUUCGACUGGGAUUUUACGUGCGUAAGAUCUUUGAACGCAUUCUUUACUCAAAGACGCAUUGACUGCCAGACAAUAAAGCUGUUAGGAUCACUAUGGGACUGGUGUUUUCGUUAAGAAAAUCAAGUUAUUUAUAUGACGACAGAUAAAAUUAAUAUAAAGGAUUAUGAAUACAUA